UCUCUCUCCACCCUUCUUCCCUUCUUUUUCAUGGAAGAGGAAAGUGAGCUUACACACUCUUACGUAUUCUACAUCUGCUUCUUUAAAAUAUAUUCUCUCUCUCUCUCUCUCUAAGGAGGUUAGUCCAAAUUCUUGCCUUGAUAUCUGGGAACCCUGCAAUUGCUUCACAUCUAGUUACUUGACAUUUGCCAUUCUCCCACUUUCAACCGGUCUUCUCUCUCUAGGCACUUUAUGGUUCAUCAUCUCUUAGCAUGACUCCCAUGGAAAUCAUCACCUAAUCACUGCCACACUUCUUCUAUUUAUCCCACCAGUACCUCUCCUUUUCUUUCAUCAGUAAGUACUCUCCAACCUCCCGCUGGUUCUUCCAAAAAGCUCAGCCUGCUCUUUGUGUAUUACCCAUCUUUGAGCACAAAUGGCAACCAUCUUCCCUGAUCUCUCACUGCACAUCAGUCCACCAUCGAUCUCCGUGGAUGGAGCCUCGAUGAUGGGGGUUUCAUUUGGGGACCAGAAUUCCGCAGCGUCGGGUAGCAGCGAGAGCGACAUGAGCCAUGAUCAACCCUCCUCCUUGAGCUGCGACCAGGGCCGGGAGGCUAGCCAUGGUGAGCCGACGCUGACCCUAGGGAUCGAGGUGCCACUCACUGGUUCCCGUGACAGCCGCCGCCGCCACCACCAUCAACAUCAUCCUCAGGUGUUUGGAUUCAAGCAGAAUCCGCGAUCCAGCCACGGAAGAAGCAGGAGCAGUAGGGCUCCCAGAAUGAGGUGGACAACCGCCCUCCACGCUCAUUUCGUUCAUGCGGUGGAGCUCCUCGGCGGCCAUGAGAGAGCUACACCGAAAUCAGUUUUGGAGCUGAUGAACGUGAAGGAUCUAACGCUGGCUCAUGUUAAGAGCCAUCUGCAGAUGUAUAGAACAGUGAAGAGCAGUGAUAGAGGAGGAGGAGGAGGAGGUGGUGGAGGAGGAGGGGCAGGCCAAGGUCAGGCAGAUAUGGGCAUGAACCAGAGGACAAGGGUGGAGGAAGUGGAGGGAGGACUGCCAUGUGAUAAAGCUGGGAAUGAGAUCACCCCUUCUCACAAUUCCCUCACCAUGCCAACUCCACCAACGCCACUACUCAACUCACCAAGCUUGCUGUAUCCAUCCGCAGAAAGGAAAGCUCGGAACGCAUCAACCAACCAAAAUGCAGUGUCACCAUAUCCCUACUUCAGCAGUGAUCAUUUACUCGACAGUGACACUCAGGCAAUGGUGGAAGACCAACAGGAAGCACUCAUUGGGUCGAACUUAGAUGCACCAAACUCCAUGCUCGCUGCUGCUGCUGCUGAUGAUGGUCUCACAGCAUUGACGACGAAGACGCCCAACCUUGAGAUCACCUUAGGCCGCCAGAGUUGGCAAAAGGAGAACGCAGAAGCUUCCUGUGAGAUGAGGCUCAAGUGUUUGUGAUAAGCCUUGUGGGAUUCAGAGAGAAGUGUGUUCUUUUGGUUGCAUCUUGUUCUUCCCCCCUCCCCACCGCCCCCCCCCCCACUCUCAAGUUUUGCUUGGAUUGAUGCCAUGAGCCACAGCAAAGACAAAUAUGUUUGGCGAGUCAUAUACACUGGCAGCAUUGUACAUGUAAAAUCUGGUCAAUCUUUCGGACAGAAUCUGGCUGGGAAUGAAGCCGAUCAAGGUGUGCUGUGUAUGCUUUUGUGAGAGUUCUAUGAGACCAGUCCAAAUCUAAUAUAACAUUCUAAAUUUAUAUUGGAUUUUCCUUUCAAUAUCCACGAUGAGAUUCUACUCCAUUUGCAUGUCAUCUGUAUGGGGAAUAUAGUCCAAGAACCGGAUGAUUAGUUGGUGAAGGGGUAGGCUGGCAUGUUCUUGAUGCGGUGAAUAAUGGCUUCUCUAUUAAUUAUAUCAUAUUUCCUUGAAAGAACGAGAAGGGAAGUGAGAGGCUUGAGGGUCGACAGAAGCCAAGUGUUCUACGCCUCAAAGAGAACAGAAGUCAGCUUUCCACAUCAAAAUGACUCGACAGUACUGUAAUCAUCACCUGCCACCAGUUUCAGAAAAGAAAAGCCAAAGUACUAAGCCAUGCCAUGAGGAACACGUAGCAGCAAUCACAGCAUCUUUCUUGUAUGAUUUCAAGCAGAUGUAGAGAAAAAAUAAAUCUGAAGAUGUACAAAAGGUGGAGGAAAAGGCAACUCUCAAAAGAUGUAAAGAUCCUUGUGUUGAUGGUGAAAGGCCACCACAAUCUGCCUUGAUUUUUCUGAGCUGAUGGCGACCUCAACAAAAAAUAUCAAGAAUGCAAAUGGUCGACAAAUUUCGAUCACAAAUGGUGUUGUUGGAAGAAAAGAAAAAGGCAAAAAAAAAGAUGACUGGAAGCAGUGCAGAUAUUUGAUACCAUCCUAAAAUGACUUGGAAGAAUCUCGAGGACAUAUUCCUAGCAGUCUCCCUCUGGCCUCUGAGGGCAGAGGAAUCAACGCUGCCCAUUGUUCAUCCUACGAUAUGAUUGCAUCAAAACAAUCAUAGAUAUGCUCCCUUUAUAUAUGGAAUAGCAGUGCUGUGUUCCUAUCACACCAAAACCUGUGCUGCUGCUCCAACAGAAAGCAUUCUGAAGGGGAGGAGAGAUGUCGGGCCUCGUUGGAAUAUGGAUGGCUAAGCUCGGGAGGAAGCAGCAGAGCACACCGAGUUGCAGCUUGGCGAGGCAUGAGGAAGAGGAAGGCAAGAUAAGAGGCGAGCUGCUUUCGAGGGAGGAAGAAACUGCACAGGUCAAGGCGAGGAGGAACAGCAGCGUGGCCCUCUCCGAAACCACGCUAUGCCUUCUCAUGGAUCGGUUCGCACCCACUUGAUCCAUGAAAGAUCCUUUGUGGUUUCGUAUCGUCGAGUAAAUAUGAUAGGAAUUGUUGUAUGCUGAUACCCAUUAGCUGUUUGUUCCCUCUCUUCCCUGAAGAAGAAGUAUCGAUCUAUUGGACUGAACUCAGAAUCUAUGAGAGUUUAUGAUGUCCAAUUUAGUCCAAGUCAUGAUGUAUCGGAAAAGGUGGAAGUCUCUCCACAGCAAGUAAUCACAAGAAUCGGGCGUUACAUCUUGUUCUCA